AUGUCUGCAACUUCUGCUGCUCCUCUUUUGGCUCUUUUAAGAGAAUCUGAUGAUGCUAUAAGAUCAUAUGCUUUAGAAUCUAUUAACGGUAUUGUUGACCAAGAAUGGCCCGAAGUGUCUAAUGAUUUACCUGACAUCGAAGCCUUGUACGAUGAUUUAUCCUUUUCAAAUCGUAAAAUGGCUGCUUUGGUGGCAUCUAAGGUAUAUUAUAAUUUGGGUGAAUAUGAUUCCGCAGUUAAAUACGCUUUGGCUGCUGAGGAUUACUUCAAUAUGAGUGAAAAGACUCAAUACGUUGAGACUAUUGUAUCUAAAAGUAUUGAAAUGUACAUUAAAUUGUCUACUCAAAAAUAUGAAUCCAAGGAAACAAAAAAAGAUAUUAAUACUAAAUUGACUUCAAUCUUUGAAAAAAUGUUGGACAAUUGUGUGAUUAACGGAGAAUAUAGAUUGGCUCUGGGAAUAGCAUUAGAAGGUUUUAGAUUGGAUAUUGUGGAAAAAAUUCUAAAGGAUAGAUCGAAAAAUGAUACCGAAUCUAACACCUGCAAAUUGAUAAACUAUGUUUUGACUGCAUCUUCUACCACUGUUUCAAACUCCUCAUUUAGAAUAAAUAUUUUAAAAUCUUUGUUCGAUAUCAUACUGUUAAGUAAAUCUAUCGAUUAUUUUACUCUUUUGAAAGUAGUAGUCAAUUUGAAUGAUCCAGAUUAUGCAGUUCGAUUAUUUGAAAAAUUACAAACCGAUGAAAAUACUAACAACAGCAAUGCUUUAUCCUAUCAAAUUGCGUUUGAUAUCGUGGCCUCUGCUUCUCAAGGUCUGUUAACCGAAUUGGUCAAUAGGCUAACUGAACAAAACUUUCCUACCCAGUUGUUAACAAUCUUAUCUGGUGUCCCAGCUUGUGAUAUGCAGACUACUUUCCUUUUAAAUAAUAAAAAUAUUGAUAUUGAGUUACUAAACAAGACUAAAUCAGCUCUGGAUGGCAAGAUUUCUUUAUUCCAUACUGCAGUCAGUGUAGCCAACGGGUUUAUGCAUGCGGGUACUGCUGAUAAUUCUUUUAUCAAAAAUAAUUUACCAUGGUUAGGUAAAGCACAAAACUGGGCUAAGUUUACCGCCACUGCAUCCUUAGGUGUCAUUAAUAAGGGUAAUUUAAUCGAUGGUAAAAAAGUUAUGAAUCCAUAUCUGCCAGGUAGUCGAGCAUCAUCUCGUUAUAUUAAAGGUGGUUCCUUAUACAGUCUUGGUUUAAUCUAUGCUGGGUAUGGUUCGGAUAUAGUAGAUUAUCUAAUGUCCAACAUAGUGGAAAACAGUUCAAAGACAUCUGAUCCUGAUAUUGAUGUUCUAUUACAUGGUGCUUCCUUAGGGUUAGGUUUAGCUGCAUUAGGUACAAACGACAGUGAAGUUAAUGAAGCUUUAAGUGAAGUCCUAUAUAAUGACUCAGCUGUAUCAGGUGAAGCUGCUGCAUUAGGUAUUGGUCUUACCAUGUUGGGUUCUGGUGAUGAAGAUACUAUCAAUAGCAUGUUCUUCUAUGCUCAUGAAACUAAGCAUGGCAAUAUUACAAGAGGCUUAGCUAUGGGUAUAGCUCUGGUGAGUUAUGGCAAGCAGGAAAUGGCUGAUGACAUUAUUAAUAAAAUGCUAGAUAGCGAAAACACUUUGUUACGUUAUGGUGGUGCUUUCACUUUAGCCAUGGCCUACGUCGGUACUAGUAAUAAUAAGGCAAUUAAAAAAUUACUUCAUAUUGCAGUGUCAGAUUCUAAUGAUGAUGUUAGAAGAGCUGCUGUUACAUCGCUAGGUUUCAUAUUAUUGCGUGAUUACGCAACUGUACCAAGAAUUGUGGAAUUACUGUCUAAAUCUCAUAACCCACAUGUUCGUUGUGGUACUGCAUUUGCAUUGGGUACUGCAUGUGCUGGUAAAGCUUUAGAUACCGCUGUAGAAGUCCUAGAAUCUCUAACUAAAGAUCCAGUUGAUUUUGUCCGUCAAGCUGCCAUGAUUGCAUUAUCUUUAAUUAUGAUCCAACAAACAGAUAAAUUGAAUCCAAAGGUCAAUGAACUAAAUGAGUUGUUUUUAAAUGUAAUAACAAACAAACAUCAAGAAGGUUUAGCUAAAUUUGGUGCCUGUAUAGCACAAGGUAUUAUCAAUGCAGGUGGUCGUAACGUUACCAUACAACUGGACAAUCCAGAAACAAAUACACUCGAUACAAAGUCUAUUGUUGGGCUAGUUAUGUUUUCACAAUUUUGGUAUUGGUUCCCAUUAGCACAUUUCUUAUCUUUGUCUUUUACUCCUACAUCUGUUAUUGCUGUUAACAGUAAAGAUUUGAGUAUUCCCAAAUUUGAAUUGAAUUGUUUCAGUAGACCUGAUGUAUUCGACUAUCCAAAAAUGUAUGAAGAAAAGAGUAGUAAGGAAGUAGCCAAAGUAGCCACAGCAGUUCUUUCUACUACUGCCAGGGCCAAAGCUAGAGCUAAGAGAAUGAAGAAAGAAAAAGGUGAAGAUAAUGAAGAUAUCCAAGAAAAUGCAGAAGACAAAACCGAAAAGGAUAACGAAGAAGAAACAAAGUCUAAGGAAGGUUUUGUUAAAAACAGAUAUUCUGCUACUCCAUAUCAAAUUGAAAAUAUGAAGCGUGUUCUUCCACAACAAGCUAGGUAUAUUUCAUUUAUUAAAGAGUCUCGUUUCACACCUGUUCGUAAAAAUAAGAACAUAUCUGGUAUAAUAGUAUUGCAUGACACAAAACCUAAUGAACCUGUUGAGGUAAUCAAGACUAUAAGGCAAGUCAAAGAUGUUAAUGCACCAGUGCCUAAACCAUUCAAAAUUGAAGAUGACUUAGAUUUUGAUCGUUUAUGA